UUGCCUACUAUCCCAGCGCCUUUCACCUUUUUUCCCUGUUCCACCAAAUUUUAGUACUGUUCAAUAUGUAUCAUCGUCGUGGUGGUCUCAGUCAUCCUAGCCCGUCCCCUUGUGUAGUAGAACCAGUUCCAGAAAAUGUGCAUGAACAAUCUUCUGAUGAUGCGGAUCUCGAUGAGGAUGGACCUCAUAGUGAUGAUGGACCCUUACUGCCUGAUGGGAGGAAACAGUUCCAAAGGAAUCCAUAUACCGGGGCAUUAAUGAUACAUCCUUCAAUGUCAAGGGAGAUAACCGCGACAUUUAAGCGCAUUCGAAAUAUCACUGGUUUUAACUGGAAGUUGACACCACAGGAGAUAAAAGAUGCUUACUUUCAAGAAUUUCAAAAAGCUUAUGCUUGGCCUGACUCCUGGGAGCACGAUGUUCAUAAACUUUGGAAAAAUAGGGCAGCAAAAAGAUUCUCUGGCUUCAUUUCAGCCCUAAAGAAGAUGAAAAAUGAGAAUGUGGGGAGGCAGGGUUACGUUCUAGAAGAAAUGUGUAAUGGGUUAGUUGAAACACUGGAAUAAACCCACAGUUAAAGCUAAGUCGGAGGCUGCACGAAGAUUUGAAGAGCCU